AGCGGGUGUCCGUCAGGGGGCGCAGGCCUGGCGCGGCCUGUGAGGGGCAGCGGGAGGCCAUUGUGGCUGGGGCGGCCCCGCGCGCCGGAGGAGCAGGGCGUCUGCCGCGGCCCCGGGAGCGCAGCGCCCCGUCCCGCCCCGCCGAGCUCGGCGCGGCCCCACCGAGGAGGAGACGAAGCUUUUGACUUGAAGAUAUCCAGAGGACAGAUCUGGUUAAUAAGAAGUUGCCAUUUUCAUCUUGAAAACUAUACCGGGUCCUUGAGAGAGAAAACUACAUGACACUACACCAUGAGUGACAGUAAAUGUGAUAGUCAGUUUUACAGUGUUCAAGUUGCAGAUUCAACGUUCACUGUACUAAAACGUUACCAGCAAUUGAAGCCCAUAGGAUCAGGGGCACAGGGCAUUGUUUGUGCUGCGUUUGAUACAGUCCUUGGAAUCAAUGUUGCUGUAAAGAAGCUGAGUCGUCCUUUUCAGAAUCAAACCCACGCAAAAAGAGCUUACAGAGAGCUUGUUCUUUUAAAAUGUGUCAAUCACAAAAAUAUAAUUAGUUUAUUAAAUGUAUUUACACCACAGAAGUCACUAGAAGAGUUUCAGGAUGUAUAUCUGGUUAUGGAGCUCAUGGAUGCAAAUUUGUGCCAGGUUAUUCAUAUGGAAUUGGAUCAUGAAAGAAUGUCUUACCUUCUCUACCAGAUGUUAUGUGGUAUCAAACAUCUCCACUCAGCUGGUAUCAUCCACAGAGAUUUGAAACCCAGCAACAUAGUAGUAAAAUCAGAUUGUACACUCAAAAUCCUUGAUUUCGGACUGGCAAGAACAGCAUGUACUAAUUUUAUGAUGACUCCAUAUGUAGUAACACGGUAUUACAGAGCACCAGAGGUUAUCCUUGGAAUGGGAUAUAAAGAGAAUGUUGAUAUCUGGUCAGUUGGGUGCAUCAUGGGAGAAUUGGUGAAAGGUUGUGUGAUAUUCCAAGGCACUGAUCAUAUUGAUCAAUGGAAUAAAGUUAUUGAACAGUUAGGAACGCCAUCAGCAGACUUUAUGAAGAAACUACAGCCUACAGUGAGGAAUUAUGUAGAAAACAGGCCAAAAUAUCCUGGUAUUAAAUUUGAAGAGCUCUUCCCAGACUGGAUAUUUCCAUCGGAAUCUGAUCGUGACAAGUUAAAAACCAGUCAAGCUAGAGAUUUAUUAUCAAAAAUGCUUGUAGUAGAUCCAGACAAGAGAAUUUCUGUAGAUGAAGCCUUACGUCAUCCUUAUAUCACUGUCUGGUAUGAUCCAGCUGAAGCAGAAGCUCCUCCACCUCAAAUCUAUGACGCACAAUUGGAGGAAAGAGAACAUGCAAUUGAGGAGUGGAAAGAAUUAAUAUACAAAGAAGUAAUGGAUUGGGAAGAAAGAAGCAAGAAUGGUGUGGUAAAAGAUCAACCCUCAGAUGCAGCAGUGAAUAGCAACACCAGUCCUUCCCAGUCAUCAUCUAUCAAUGACAUUUCAUCCAUGUCAACAGAGCAAACAUUGGCUUCAGAUACAGACAGCAGCCUCGAUGCCUUGACAGGACCCCUUGAAGGAUGCCGAUGAUCAGCCAGGAUUGCAGACUUAACUUUGGAAAAGAACUCUUGCUUCCAUUGGGCCUGAAUUGCUUGUAAGUUAAUGGAACCAAGUGGAAAAACUCCAUGUUCUGCAUGUUCUACUAAAGUAAUGCCUGUAUUUUUUACUCAGUUGUUAUAAAACUGCCUGCUUAAUGUUGUAGAAUGAAGCAAAUCAAUGUCUAAAGAACAAAAAAAUCUAAAUUUAGACACUAUUAUAGGCUUUUCUUUAUUACAGCCUGUUUCAGGUGAGCAGUUAUAAUAGACUUAUAGCCAAUAAUUCCUCUUGAGUGGGUUUAUGACUUUUCAGUCCCAACCGGUAGGCUUCUGUGACGCAAAUGGUUGUUUACAUUUUAGUACAGUAUUGUUCAUCAGUAGUUUUUCUUGAAUGUAUAGUCUCUAUGAAGUUUGUUUAAAUGUGUGACUGCGACAGUUUGCUUUAUUUAACUACUGGAGUGUUACAUGUGAGUGUUAACUCACAUAUUGAGCGCUCUCAGUACUAUGUUUAAAGGGCAGUUACUCUUCCACAUAGCACUUUUUUUCUAUUGAGCCCUUUCUAUCUUCACUUCCCAAAGAUUCUGUCUGUCUUCUUGUAGAAGAGAGAAACAUGAACUGUAAAGACCAUAGCAAUUGCUUCAUAGUUCACCUAUGAAUAUGAGCAUGUCUUUGACUCCUUUCAGUUACUGAAACAUGGAAGGGAGAUACAGCGGUUUAACUCAAUCUUAAGGAAGGGAUUUUUGUUGAGUGACAUAUCUGUGAAGCAGUGCCUGUUUAGAAGAGGGGAGAGUGCUAAAUUGUUCUGUACCUUUCUGGCUUGUGAUACUGGUCCUUUAACAAAAACAAACAAAAAGGGAAAUUAAAUCUGUGAUGCUCUGCAUUUCAUCAUUCAGUGCAAACUCUGAUAAAAGGACAGACAAAUUGGAAAGACUUGCAGCCUAAGUGACCUGAAAAAGAGCUGCAUAAUUUUCCAUUUUUUUAAUGGGUACAUUCUAUCUAGAGAAUUUUAAGAAAAAUAUGAUAGUAGUUUUGAGUCAUUUGUCAUCUAAACUUAUUUGUCAGCUAAGGCCAUUUUCUUAAUAUAGCUAAACGGUAUUCCCAAAUUAGGAAAAACUCUGUUUAUACUGGGGGAGGAAAACAUAUAAAUAUGUUUUCUAAAGACAGUGUCAGAGGACAGGAGGAGACUAUUUGCUGUUUCAAUACAGGCUUAUCAAUGCAGUCUUCAGAAUCAGAUAAUACAAAUGUUGCCUCUUAUGUUGCACAAUAUUUUGAAUUCUUAGAAAAUGUGUUUGCAGUAGUGUGGGGCUAAAAUUACCAAAUACUACACAUCUGUGUAUUUGUACAUGUUCACUUUAGAGCAUGCAGAUGUAUGAAAUAUUUUGCUAAAGCAUCUUGUGUGUGUGUGCGCAUGUGUGCGAGAUUAAACAAUAUUACUAUAAUAGCAAUGAAGAGAGAUCCAAGAUGAGGUAAAACACCACUUUCUUAAAGCCACUGUAUUUAGCUGUUGAUCUAGAUACUGUUGACUUGAAUGUUUAAAGAGAACUUGUAAAAUAUACUUGCCUAGCAAGCCCCUGCAUUACUGAGCUGUCUAGUACACUCUGUAAAAGAAAAGAGAAUUUACCUGUCAUUUCUGGCCUUAAGAUUUGAAAAACAGUAGUCUGUCUUAAUGCAAACAUUGCUUUUAGAUUAGGAUUGUACCCAUGUGUUUUUAAAAUAGCUUAGUUUGCUAUAGCAGACAUAUUCAGUUUUAGAAUUUGCUGUCCCAGAAGGCAAAAACUAACUUCAUAUUAAGUACUGUAAGUGUCAGAAUUGUCGUCUGGCAUCUUGGAUUUUUUUAAUUCUGUUUAACGGAAGUGCAGGAGUUUGGUCUGUCUUUAGAUACUGAUGGUAUAUGUGAAAUGGUUUUAGUGCGUUUUGUCAUUGGAACAAACAUUUAAUAAUACCUAUUAUCUUACAGCAGUACAAGUCGCUGUUCUUUUUUUUAUAGUUAUUUGUGUGAGUUAAAAUUAAAGACACCUGUUCAAAAUGACCAUUAGCAAGUUCAGAUUAGCUGUGAUUUAUUUCAGUCCUUUCUAGGCUAGCAAAAGACGCAGCCACUAUAGAAUGAAACUAAAGAGAAAAUUUUUGAAUAUAUUAAUAUGGACAAUCAGCAAAGCAUAGGUAUCUUUUUGAGAUAAAGCUGUUUGUUAUUAUCAGUGACACAGUGGUGCUAAACACAUCGUACUUUAUAAGAGGGUGGCUUUUCUGACAAUGGGUGCUCAGCAUUCUCUUCAAAAAAAAAAAAAAAAAAAAGCGUCCCAUAAAGACUGGUGAUCCAAAAUUACUGCCUAAGUAUUUUUUUUAAAGGCUGUUUUAAGGAUUUUUUUUUGUGAAGAAUCUUGUUGCAAAGUAGUAGAUUACAGCAUUUUACACACUUCAUCCUAUAGUUCUGUGAAAGAGCUCUUUUUCUGUACGUGAACAUGAGGGACUGAAGUCUUUAGCAGUUGAUUAAAUCUGCUGCUACAACAACUGCAAAGCAAAUGCAUCCGCUUUACCGGCAUAAUAAGUGACUAGACUGUUAAUAACUUACUUUCGGUUAGCUUUAUUCUAGGCCCGUUUGUGUAGAAGUUCUGGCUGAGCAUUUUGAUGUUCUUCAUUUGUCAUGGAAGUAAUCUACUGAAUUUUACUUCUCAAGUUUUUUUUUUUCAGUAGCUCUUUCAAUUUAAUCACUCUGUGUUUCCCCACAUAUUUUGGAUGCACAGAGUUGAAUUUUUUUCAUAAUGGAUUUGAGCUGCUUAAAACAUGGGAGUUGGACCAGAGGACCUCCAGGUCUUUUCCAACCUAAAUGAUUUUGUGAUUCAAAUUUGUCUUUUAUGUUUUUUGAUACAUAACCGACCUAUCCCCAUGGUUGGAACUGAUAUCUGACCUUCUCCUAGUAUACAACUUUAUCUUGGAGUUAAAACAGCUGUGAGAUUGACUGAGCUUCCUUGCAAAUCUUACUGUAGGAAAAGCAGUCUGUCUUUUUUUUUUUCUUUUUUUUUUUUUUUUUUAAUGGAUUCUUGCUAUGGCAUUCAUUGAUGCUUCAGAUUUUUACAGAACUGUUACUGUCUUGGAAACAUGCAUGAAAUGAAAAGACUGUGAAUAUUGUGGGUUUGAUUCCAGUAUAAUUUUUUUUUUAAUUGCUAAUAAACUGAAUCAAUGUCCUGUUAUCAAAAUGACAGAUAUGCAAAUUGUAUUCAGAAAAAUGCAUGCAGAAUAGACGCAUGCUAAAGUUCCCACACUAUUUCAGUGUGCACAUAUAGACUAUAAAUGCACUGCAUGCAGAUUUUAUACAUUUAGUUGUAUUCCUGACUGCAGUUUAAGUUCAGUGCCCCAUUUUGUGAAAUGGUCUUCAAUGCAGUAAGAACCUCAUCACUGAUAGAAAACAAAGUGCACAUGUAAUUUGACAAGGGUUUAAAAGUUUAGAGAGUUUGGUGUGCAAUAGAAUCACUUUUAUUCCUAAUGUUAAAAUCAUGUAUGUAAAGUGAUGCCAUUGACUAUUUUUUUGCACUUUGUCAUUUAUAAAUAUUUAUAUGUAUUUAAAGAUUAAGAAUAUGUGAGUGUGUGUGUAAGUGUAUAUACAUAUAUAAAAAAUGCUUAGUUCUGUAAACAUGAAUGUUACUUUUCUGUAUGAGAGACUGUAUAGUGUUAACACUACUGCAGUAUACAUAAAUGAUUUAUGAAAUAUAUGAUUAAAAAUAAGUAAUGGUCAACAUAGAUGCAAUCUGUAUUCUUAACUGCUCACCUGAAAAAAGAGGAAUCUGUGGCUAUUAACCGGAUUAUUUACCUGAAACAUUAUAUUAAAUAUGAACACUGAGUAGCUGUAUGGCAUUGCAGAAAUGGAGUGUGUUUUAAAAAGUUCAUUUCAUCUGUGCUCAUGUCACUUUUCCUCAAAAAACAAAGCUUAAAGAAGCCAUCCAUUUUUAAAUCUGGAUUAGAAGCCUGUAGGUGUGCUUUGAGGAAAUACUGUGAUAUGAAAGGUUUGUUUUUUAUUAAAAAUGAUGAAACAUAAGAAACAAAUGUCAAAAUAAGGCUUUGUCUGCACAGAUCAUAUAAAAUAAACUAGUCUAAUGACUGGAAACUAAAGCAAACAGCCUUUGAAAUUCUUUGUAUUGUGUUUCUGAUAAGGGUUUACAUUUCCUUAUCAAAAUAAUUUCUAGCUAAGUUUGAGUUUAACUUUUGUUGACUAGUUGGUUGGUAAGUUUCAAAAACUGUUAGGGACCAGAGUGCUUUGGGUUUUUUGUCUUUUUAAGUCCUAACAGAGUAUACAUGUGUUUAUGCAAAAUUAAGUUAAAAAAGUGAUUCCAUAUAUUUAAUUUUUCCUUUCCUAAAGGAAGGACCUUAAAUGCUAAAUCAUAAUGCUAAAUCAGUUUCCUUUCCGGAUCUGAUUGUAUUUGGCUUAAAAUCAUAAUUUUUUGAAUGAAGUAGGUUUAAACAUUCAAAAUACAGCUUACAUACUGAAACUCCGAGAACAGAACGAAUGGCCCUUUUUUGGCAGAAGUGCGCUCCUCUGCUUUGGUGUGCGCUGGAAGUGCCGAUCUUCAAGUGCAGACAAAUCUUUACUGAACAUAAUGCUCUUCUGGAAUACAGGUUCAGUCUUGCAGCAAUACGGCUUGUGUGGAGUGUUUGAUUUGAACUGUGACACUUGAAAUGGAAGUACUUUAAGUGUGCGUGGGGGGACACUGAGCAGCCUUUGUCUGUAUAUUCUACGUAAGUCAUAUGGAUUCUAUCAGGGCUUGAUGCUAAAACUUAGUGAUACUAUAUACUGGGAACCAAAUUCUUUUCUGGGAUGCUUAUUGCUGUAAUUCCUGCUCAAAACUGGUUUUGAUCCAGGGACACCUGUACCCAGAUGCAGAAUUUGGACUUAAGUUCCCAAAGAUGAAUCCCUGACUCUAGUAACUUCUUUGCUUUUCCACAGUGUCUUUGAUUUUUUUUUUUUUUUAACGUGUUGAAGUUUGACAGAAAAAAUGUACUUUGGCUGACUAUUUUACAUAUAUUUUAGAUUGUCUAUUACGUGAGUAAUAGUGAUGCUCUAAAGCUUAUUACACAACUUAUUAAAUCAGUUUUAUUUUUGUCCACUCUGCAUGCUAAAGGUGUCUGGAGCUAAAAGAAUGUUUCAAGUUAAACCACCUUUUCUCAUAUUAGUGUUGGAGAAGAGUGGAGAGACAACCAUUGUUUCCAUUUGUGUUCUAUAAAAAAGACUAUUUUUGUAGCUAAAACUUCAGUUGUUGAAUUUCAAUCCCACAGUCUUGCUUUGUGCCUAUAAAUAUACUUGGGUCCGCUAUUUCAAACAGUAUAUGUAUAACAAGUCAAGUAUAAAAUUAAAAUAAUAAAAUGCACUCUUCUGAGAUUUAUUACUGACAAUACGGCAAAUUAUUUUGGUCUAAGAAUUCAAAACAAAAUAGAGAAAAUACAUUUAGCUAUUUAAGUUUUUAUUCCUCGAUGCUGCUGCUUAUUUUUUUGAGAAGGUGCUUGCAGUUUUGCACAACAGAAAUCGACUUUAUUAAUUGAUGGGUUUGAAGCACUUUAGGAUUCUUCUAAAUGCAACCAGCAUAUGGUUGAAAGGAAUGACAUUAAAAUCAUCUAAUGUGUUUAAAUUUUGAUUGUGCUCUUUGCAGUUCUGAUAGAUUUAAUCAGUAUGUUACUUUAAAUAUAAAGCUGUUUUCAGAGAUUUGGAAUUAUGUUUAAGAAAUAAUAAGAGAUCAUUUGAGAAACAUCUCUCUUCAAAUGCCUGUGGGAUGAUCUGAGUAGCAGUGUGACUACCUAGCCAUCUGUUAUAUAAAGAUAGAACAAAGUUUCUUUGCCCUGAUAGCAAGAUCAGCUGGGAGCAUGAGGAUUUUUUUUCUUAAACAAAAUCUUUUAUUAACUCUUGCCUAUGCUUCAUAAGCUUGUUGUAUAUGUUACGUUAAGGCCAGAACAUCUGCUUAAGAUUGGGACUCCACUGUGAGAGAUGCUACAUGAAUAUCAUAGGAAGACAUUGUCCCUGCUCUAAAAUACUAGUCAGAACCCUGAUACUUCCUAUGCUCUACUUGCUUAAGUACAUGUGUGUUUGUUUCCCAGAAUGGGUCCUUAAUUCAGCACCUCAUAGCUUUUAGGAUAACAAAAGCAGGGGAGAAAGUACUCACGUAAGAACUGCAUUUUAUGUUCACUACCUGGAACAAUAGUCAUUUGUUCUUUACUGAUAAGAAAGCUAAUUAAUACCCAUGAACAUAUGGUGUUGUGUUGUCUUCUAAUGGGAAAAACUGUUUUUUGAAAAAACAAAAGUGUCACUAGCUUUUCUAUGAAUUCAGAUGCAUAAAUUGGUGCUAAUUUUUUAAAAGAAAACUUAACAGAUGGUUAGCAGUGUAUUUGUCUGUUUUUUGAUAUCUAUAUUUUCUUAAAUGGUGGCAAACCAAACUUUAUAAGGUGAUUAAUGUGCAUCUUCAACUUCAUCAGAUAAAAGUUCCCAAAUUUUUCUAAAGUAAAAUGUUUAACCUUCCACAGUAGCUACUGCUUCUUUGGAGCUACUGCUUUCAGGUGUGUUAUACACUAAUGAAAUGAACACAAUUAGAAAAGAUAGCAAUACCUGACUACUUUCCCUUUCUUUAAAAUGCAUGACAUGUUGGGUUUCACAGGUGUUUUAGCAGUUUAGUGUAAUCAAGAUACCAGAGUAAAUCACAUAGUUACCUGUAUGCAGUUAACUCAGGACAGUAAAGCCUAUCUGGUCAUUAAAAUAACUUACAAAGAUACAAGUUCUCAGCUCUUUUCAAGAGGGAAUAACAUAGAAAUAACUUUUCAGACAAAUAUAAAUGUUAAUGCCUGAGAAUACGUUCUGUAGUGUAUUCUAGAAGACAUGCUAUAAAAGAUUACAAUAGUCGCUUGAGUCAUUUGUUAUGAGAUCCAGUUUUACCUAAUCCCUUAAAUAACUCCCCCAAAACUCUCUGUUCUUUAAGGAUUUCUUUUGCGAUGCCAUCAAUUUUUCACCCCCUUCAAAAUGCUUUGUAUAUCUUGUUUUGGCCCUCUUUUCUGCAUUCUGUUUACCAAAUGUCACAAAAAGUAGCAUCAAGCCCUAUCACUUGUUAUAGUGUUGAGUUUAUGGCCUUAAUUUCACUUACAGUAUGGUAUAUAAUUUCAGAAGAAAGAUGUGCUUUGAAGUCUAACUAUAUAGAUACAUGUGGCCUCUUCUGCCUAUGAAAUUAGGCUUUGAUUGUCAUAUCUCAUUCUUGAUGCUUGUGCAAUAGGAACAUGUUCCCUUUAAUGCGGUGGCUAUUUUGUCUGAUGCUGGACUUUGUUUUUCAGGAUGACUAGAAAGUAUUUUUUCUUUUUUAUGGACAGCAGUCAUGCUUCCUUCAUUUUGGUCUGUCUUUUUUUUUUUAAUGGAAGGUAGAAAUUUCAUAAGGAAAGCUGUCAGUAACUGAUUCUGAAGUGCUAGUUAUAGCCUCAUUCUGAACCUUUUUGGUUUUUUUCUCCAAAAAUCUUGUCAUAAAACACCAGUACUAAAGCCACUGUAAAAUUACAAAUAAAUAUGUAUACUUGAACAA